GUCCGGACGUUGUCUCGAGUGGUUAUGUGCGAUCAGUAUUAAGACUAAGGAGUAAUGUUUCUUUCGGCUGCCGGUGGAUGAUGAAGCUCGAGUUACUGCUGCUCUGCUCAUUGUUUGGACUCUGUUACUGGUUCCCUGUUCAUCCUUGUUCAGAGCAGACAUCUGGAGUGCACACACAGGAACAUCAAGAGGAUCCCAUGAAGACAAGAGCAAAUCUAGAGAACAUCUCCCUCAGUGAUGUGGCUUCUUCGUCCUCCUCUCAGAAGCAGGACGCUUCCUCACAGCUCGCUGACGUCCAGGUGUCUGAAACACAUCAGUCUGAUUCCUGCAGUGAUUGUGCACCCAUCGACUCCUGCUCGGCUGAAACCAUCAUCACUGAUGCAGCUGAAUGUGACACUGCAGAAAACCUGCAGUAUGACCCUCAUCUCAACAGUUUUCCUGCAGUCCAAGAGAACAUCAGUGUGCGUGAGGCAGGGAAAAGCACGAAGAUGACCCAUAAAGAGCCGACUGGGAAAGGGACAAACGUCUCCCACAGCCUGAAAGAACAGGGCGCUAACAUCACCCCAGAAAGUGAUCCCUCUGUUUACUGCAAAGACCAGGAAGAAAUUCCCACAUUUGAUGAAUGGACGAAAAUCAUGAUGGAAGUGGAGAAUGAAAAGAGUCACACCCAUGUUUCUAAUGGUCUUCAUGCUGCUGGGAAGAAGCUUCAGCAGACGUUCACCAACUACGCCUCAGUGGAGUGUGGAGCAAAAAUACUGUCCUCCAACCCUGAGGCAAAGAGUACUUCAGCUAUCCUCAUGGAGAACAUGGACAUGUACAUGCUGAAUCCUUGCAAUAACAAGAUAUGGUUCAUCAUUGAGUUGUGUCAGCCCAUUCAGGUCAAGCAGCUGGACAUCGCCAACUUCGAGAUCUUCUCCUCCAACACAAAAGACUUCCUGGUGUCCAUCAGUGACAGAUAUCCAACCAAUAAAUGGGUAAAGCUCGGCACAUUUCACGCACGUGACGAGCGGACCGUGCAGAGUUUUCCAUUGGAUGAACAUUUGUUUGCUAAAUUCAUCAAGAUGUUCACCAAAUACGUUAAGGUGGAGCUGUUGUCUCAUUUUGGCUCUGAACAUUUCUGUCCUCUCAGUCUGAUCAGGGUUUUUGGCACCAGUAUGAUGGAGGAGUAUGAGAUGAACUUGGAGCCAGUGGACAGACAGCAAGAUGACCAUGACUAUGAUCAGCCUCCUGAUUUUGUGCCAUUAGAUGAGAAAUCCUCCAAAAAUCUGAUUGGGUCUGCCAAAGAUGCUCUUCUUACUAUGGUGAACAACAUUGCUGCCAAUGUGCUUGGUGGAAAUCCAGAUAAUGUUGCAGGAGGAAACUCCACUGUAGAUUUAAAGAUGACAGAAACGACUUUUCUUCCUCCAGCGAUCCACACCACCUCAUCCACUGUGUCAUUGACAGCUGUGCUUGAUCCACCUCAAAUGAAGGAGAUCUCAGAAACAUCCACCAGUACUCAAGAGACCACAGUUGACCGGGUAGUACUAACACCAACUGCCUCACUGCUAGAAGAUCUCACCUCAAAACUUCCUGUUGAGGAUGUUCCUGUCCAAACUGCUCCUGAAAUAGAGCAGAUCGUCACUUUGCUGCCCGACGAGGAUGAGAAUGAAUCAGAUCAGUUCUCUAAAGGAAAACUGUUUGAAUCAAAAACAGAUGAGCAGAAUUGCUCCUGCUCACACGGUUUCUCACUUCAAGAAUAUCUUCUGCAGCGCUGCUCCUCUCGGCCGAUGAUCCCGAAGAGGAAGAAAAAGCCAAACUCACGUUCGCAAACUCUCACAGCAUUACCACAUGAGAAAUGCUCUAUUUCAACCUUGAUAAUCCCAUCUCAAACUCAUCACAUUCACGCCCCGAUCACAGAAGAGCCAGUCCCUUCAGAAAAUCCAGCAAUCCUGCUUGUUCCAAAAACCCAAUCAAGGCUUGAAUCUUCAGAUCUUGAUCCUAGUCUGACUUCAGAUCUGCUCAAAUCUGUUUCUGCUGACUCUCUUUCCUUCAAAGCAACACACACCAUUGAACUGGCAUGUCCGUCUGUCACUGAGAGCUGUAAUGCAAAGUUCCCUCAACAGAGCCUUGAGAAUCCAAUGGAAGCCAAUGAGAAUCCUCUUCACACCAACCUCUCUGAAUUAACAUCCAGCCCUGCUGCUACAAAUAGAAGCAAUCAGGUAGGUGGUGGCCAAAUAUCAGUCACAACGGAGCAAUCCAACCUUGACAAUGACCUUUCAACUCUUAGGAUUUCUAAAGAUAUAGUAGAUCAGUCACAACAUGCUUCCUCGUCUACUCUUGUGGAUCCACCAAUGCCCAAACCAUCCAAAAGCAAGAUGGUCACAGGUGGACAGCUGACACCUGCUCAGUCUGUUCAUCCUGUAGAUGAGUCAGCAGGGUCAACUGAACCUAAAAGCAAGGAAAUCUUGGAUGAAAUUGACCCUAACUUCGAACAACCGUCCCCUGAGGUCUAUGCGGAAAUGCAAAACUCCUCAGAUGUACCUGUCCAUGGCUCCAGUCAGAAGGAGUCUGUUUUUAUGAGGCUCAACAAUCGCAUUAAGGUCCUGGAGAUGAACAUGUCUCUCAGUGGACGAUAUCUAGAGCAGCUGAGUCAAAGGUACAGGAAACAGGUGGAGGAGAUGCAGAAGGCCUUUAACAAAACAAUCAUCAAACUUCAGAACACUUCAAGAAUUGCUGAGGAACAGGACCAGAGACAGACGGACUCUAUUCACAUGCUGCAGACACAGCUGGACAAUAUCACUCAACUCGUUCUCAAUCUGUCCAUCAGUGUUAGUCAGCUACAGACAGAGGUUUUGGACAGACAGAGCUACAUUGUGUUGUGUCUGCUCCUCUGUGUCAUUCUGGGGCUGCUGGUUAGUUUGAAUCACCAUCAGAUGUCUGAAAGUCCUGCAGUUGAGUCUGAGACAUCCUGCUAUGCCCAGAGAGAAGUCUCUUAUUAUGAGGAUGUUGUUUUGAGACGCAGAGCCUCUGAGCCGCUUUCACAAUCACCAUUCCAGAUUCCAACAGAAGAAGCAGGUGCAGAAGAAACCAACAGCCUUAAACAGGAACAUUCCACCGUUUCUAGAAAGAAAAAACACAAACUGAAGUUGAACAAGAGUGCUGAGAAUCUAAUGUCCACUGCAUUCACCGGUCCAUCAUUAGCUAAUGGGAUUCCUCAGUGCACUAUUGGCCCUCAAGGUUUGGACUUGAAACUCUUGAGCAUUGAGUCAGGAGCUCAUCUGGUCCCUAGAGACUUGAUGUCAGACAGCAGCUCUGAGGGUUCCUCACAGUCCGAUGAGACUCUGUUCUGUGGUAUUGCUACCUGUGCACGUAUCUGUGAGGCUCUGCCUGCACCUAAACACUGGACAGAGAAGAAAGGCCACAAGCAGCGCUACACGCCUCCUGGAGCCACAGCAGCACAUCUGCAUCAGCCUUCACACUGCAGUGGCCCACCAGCUGGGUUUGGACCCACAUUAAACCCACAAAAGAACUGUCUUUGAGCUUUAUUGACACCUUCUGGAAUUCCUGUAAUUGUAGGAGCUGCUGUCACUUUUUGGAGGCACUACAGCUAGACACUGGAAGCGAAUCAUGACUGAACUGCACUGCCUUUAAGUUGAAUGAAUUUAGCAUAAAACUGUUCUGUCUUCUCUGGUGAAGACUUUCAGGCUUAUAGUGCUUUGGACUUGAAUUGUUGGCUUUGAAUUGUCAACAUGCCCCUGACCUUUGAGACAAUCACAAAUAAACCAUCGAUAAUCAAA